GAAAAAUAUUUUUUUAGGGUGUGUUGGGUAUGGAGGAGGAAAAUAUUUUUUAGGAAAAUAAGUUGUUUCUUAUUUAAAUUCUUGUGUUUGUUAUGAAAGUAGAAAAAUAUAUUCUAAAAAUAUUUGUUAAAGAAUAAAGGCAUGUAGGAUCAUCAAAGCUUAAGGGAACCUAAUGGAGUUGGGACUCGGGUAUGUUUCUUGAUUAAUGAACAAAGGCAUGUUAUAUCACCAAAUCUUUGUUUUCAUAUAUAAAAUGUAUUUACUUUGGUCUCUAGAGGCCUAUAUUGGUUACUCCAAACUUGAGCACUUCUAACCGCGGUUCCUGAUGUAUGCAUAUCUCCUAUCUGCAUAUGAAAAAUAAUUGGUUUUACGGUUCUUUUCGAGUAGUAAAUCUUUCUGUUGACACAAGUUGUCCAUGUGAUACUGGAAUUAAGCAACAUUGGCAUAUGAUCACAUGUGUCUCCAAAAAAUUGGACCAACUCUUUUUUUUUUUUUUCUGUAUGAUUUUGAUACAUGAAGUCAACUUUUUUAUCGUUGGUAUCAUCCAUGUAAUGCUUUUUCUAAGGCCACUGUCACUCAUAUAUUAAGGGAGAAAACCACAGAGAUGACAGAAUGAUAAUUUAAAUUUCUUCUCUUUUUAAUAACGAUCAAGAAUAUCUUAUGUAGGUAUAUAUAACGUGGCUUAUCUAAAAUUAUCUUUGGUCAUAUUAUGGAGUUCACCACUUGCUUUAUUUUAUUAUUUGACACGUAUUCAAGAAAACAAGUUGGCUUUACCAUGACUGGCAUUAAGAUAUUAUCACAAGCACAUCAAUUCCCACCUUUUAAGUUUUAACAGAAAGUGGACAUUUUGGUUCAAAGACUAAGUUAUACAUGAAUCAUAAUGCGGCAAUUAGUUAUGUAAGAAUAAGUUAUAUAAGGAUUAGUAAUACAAAGAUUAUUUCUUGUUGCAUGUUUGAUUCAGUGCACUAAAAUCCUAAUAUAUGAGCUAUUUCGGGACUUCUUUAUGCUUUAUGUACUAAACCAGUUGUUGUAACAACAUCAUUCUUGUUGGUUAUAAUAGGAACAAAAUGAAAUUAUUGAUACAUUUUUUUCUUUCCAAAAUGUUAAAUUGGUAACAAGUGGGGGUUUUAUAUGUGAAAAUUUGAAAGUAAACUAUUAAAGUCAACAACUAUGAAGGCUGCUCCUAGUUUUGUGUGAAGUAACAUUUAAUUAACACAAGCGUUUACCAUGUCUUAUGUAUAACAUGGCUUGUCUUUUAACAUUAUUUUUGGUCAAAUUAUCUAGUUCAAAAAGUCCUCUUAAAUUUACACCAUUUCGUGUAAAGUCAAAACCAAACAAAUAAAUUGAAGCGGUGGGAGUAUUCUUUUUGGUCAAAUUGUAGACUUCACCACUUACUUUAUUGUAUUGCGGAACACCUAUUCAAGUAAACAAGUUGGUUGUGUUCGAACAAGUUGUUUCACAAGAAAUUAAAGGCCACAAUGCAUAUUGCAAGAUGCACAUGAAUUUACUCUUUACAUGUCUGUGGAGUUUGACUCCAGAAAAUUGGUAGUGGAUUGGUGGAUAAUAUUUUUAUGCAUUUAUUUAUCAAAUAGGAGGAUUGUUCUAGCUAUUUCCAGGACUAAACCAGUUGUUGUCAUUCUUCUCAUUCUUGUUGGUUAUAAUACGAACAACUUGGAAGUAUUAUUGUGAAAACUCAAAAGUAAAAUUAUUAAAGUUAACAACUAUGGAACCACUCCAAGACACAAGUGCAGGAAGCUGCUCUUAGUUUUAUGUGAAAUACAACUUUUAAAUACAAUAUUUAAUUAACAUUAUUGUGAGAUCACCCAAGAGUGUCUAUAAAUGAAGUCAUCCCUCAGCUGUCAUUUUCAUCUGAUCCAACCGUUCCCUUUUCUUCUUAAUCAAUACUCUAUAAUCCUCUGUUGUAUUCACUCUCGAUUCUUACUCCAACCAUUUUUCAUCACUUUGUUCCAUUACCCUUAGCUUUCAUUUUCAUCUCGGCCUCAUCACUUUAUCCCCAGGCUUCUUUCUUUUUCAACCAUUCCCCUGAUUUUUCAUUUUCUUUGCCUACCUUUGCUUCCUUGUAACUACAAACUCUAGUAAAAAUUAUCAAAACAGAUAAAGGAAAAAAAAAAAAUUAUUAGAGUUCAGACACAGGAGUCUGUUUUUCUUUGUUACACUAGCCAGUGAAGAAUUAAUAAGGAGAUAGCUAUGGAAAUCUUAUCUAUAUUUGUGGACAAAGUCACAGCUUGCUUGAUCCCGCCAGUCGUGCGAGGAAUUGGAUAUUUCUAUUAUUACAAGAGAAACAUCACAUCUCUGGAAGAAGAAUCUAAAAAGCUGGAGAACACCAGAAUUGGGGUGCAUCAAAGAGCGGAGGCUGACCGGAGAAACUUACAAGUCAUUUCACCCAAUGUUGAGGAUUGGUUAAGUAGUGUAGAUACCUCUACUGCUGAUGUGGUGGUUUUACUACGACAUAGAGUUGAGGUUGAAAGAGGUUGCUUCAAUGGUUGGUGUCCAAACUUGAAGUCACGUUACUCCCUGAGCAGGAAAGCUAAGAAAAUUGAACUGGAUGUGAUUAAACUUCAAAAUGAAGGUGACAAGUAUGCUGUUUUCAGCAAUCCUGUACCAGCUGGUGAAAUUGAAGCUAUGCCUAGUAACAGUAAUGAGGAGUUUGACUCCAGAAAACAGAAGGAGGAAGAGGUCAUGGAAGCUUUGAGAGAUGAGGGGAUUACUGUUGUUGGAAUAUGUGGUAUGGGUGGUGUUGGUAAAACAACACUGGCUGAGAAAGUAAGAGCAAGGGCAAAACAAGCAGGGUUGUUUAAUGAUGUUGUCAUGGUAACUGUUCGUCAACAACAACCAGACAUUAAAAAAAUACAGGGUAAGAUCGCCAGAGCAAUCGAUCUAAUAUUAGAAGGGGACGAUUUGUUGCAGCGUGAAGAUCGGCUGCGUGCAAGGUUAAUGCAGAAGGGCAGUCGCGUCCUUGUAAUUUUGGAUAAUGUCUGGAAGAAGGUUGAUCUAAAGAGGGUUGGAAUUCCCAGUGGCAGCGACCACAACUAUCAAUGCAAAGUGGCAUUGACGACGCGUCUCCGAGGUGUUUGUGACGAUAUGGAGGCUCAAAAGAUAGUAGAUGUUGAAAUCUUAUCUAAAAAGGAAGCAUGGAUCCUUUUUAAGCAGAAAGCUGGUAAUUCAGCUGAUGAUCCCUCUCUUUCUGAAGUAGCAAAAGAAGUUGCCAAAGAAUGCAAGGGGCUUCCACUUGCAAUUGUUACUGUUGCAGGAGCACUAAAGGGUAAAACCAAGCCUUCAUGGGAGGAUGCCCUUGUAGAAUUACAAAAAUCAGUACCAAAAAAUAUCCGAGGAGUGCUUGUAGAUGUGUAUCAACCUCUGAAGAUGAGCUAUAAUCACUUAGAGAGUGAUGAAGCCAGGUAUGUCUUUUUGCUUUGUUCCUUGUUUGAGGAAGAUAGUAAUAUUUGGACUGAAGAAUUACUUAGAUAUGGAAUGGGGCUUGGCAUCUUUUCAGAACUCGAAAAUUUAGAACGUGCAAGAAAUAGGGUGAGUAAUCUGUUAGAAACAUUGAAAAAUUGUUUCUUGUUAUCCCAAGGUUCAGAUAUAAAUCAUUUCAAAAUGCAUGAUGUGGUCCGGGACAUGGCUAUACAUAUUGCAUCUGAGGGCAAGCAUAUAUUUAUGGUAAGUCACGAUGUGAACUCAGAAGAGUUCCCAAGAAAAAACUCUUACGGGAAAUACAGUCACAUGUCAAUUGUUGCAAAUAAAUUUGAUGAGCGUCCCAGACCAAUAUCUUGCCCCAGACUGGAGCUUCUAAUGUUAAAAUUCUGUUUUGAAGAGGGUUUCAAAUUUCAGGAUGGUUUUUUUGAUGGAAUGAAUAAACUCAGUGUCAUAAGCCUGAGCGGAUAUGAUCGGCACUCCAUUAUGUCCUUUCCAGCAUCCAUUCAGAGGUUAUCAAAUGUGAGGACAUUGUAUCUGAGUAAUUUAAAGUUGGAUUCCAUAUCCAUCCUAGGGGAACUUGUCACUUUAGAAAUUCUAAGCAUCAGAGACUCUCAGUUAGAGGAGCUUCCAGUGGAGAUAGGAGAACUGACUAGUCUAAUUAUGUUAGAGUUUUGGAAAUGGGGAGGAGAACCUAUAAGGAUUUCACCAGGGGUCUUUUCAAGACUAGUUCGGUUGCAGGAACUACAUGUGGUGGGAGUAGAAUAUUGUAGUUACUCCACCUUAAGGGAAUUGGAAUCCCUAUCGAGGUUGGCUGCACUGACAUUAGAUGAAUGUUCCAAAGAUGUGAUUUACAGUAACUUGGGCCUUUCCUCCAAGUUGACACGAUACGCUCUUACAGUGGGUGAAGAUUGCAUAUCAACUUCAAACAUGGGCAGUUACAACACGAAUAUCUCUCUAGAGGUCACUGAGACCACUCCAUUGGGUGAUUGGAUCCGCUCCCUGCUGAGGAAGAGCGAAUGUGUAUGUUCAAGAGGAAAUGGCUCCAAGAAUGUGUUGACCGAGUUGCAGCUGGAUGAAUUUCAGAACGUGAAAGAUCUCUGCCUAGGUCAAUGUGAUUCAUUGGCACAUCUAUUGAAUAUCCACUGUCAGAAUAAUAUUUCGUUCCCCAAACUCGAAAGUCUGUUGGUAAGCGGUUGUAGUAGUCUACAGUAUCUUCUUUGUGUGUCCUUGGCUGCAGGGAAGUCAACAGUAGGUUUUCCUGGUGCUGCUGCUGAUGAUGAGGAAGAUGAGAUGUCUCGGAGGACACAUAUCCAAGUAAUCAAGUUGCCCAAUUUACAUUCCAUAAAGCUUGAGUCUCUGGAAUGGUUCACACACUUCUGCAGUGACACUGUUGAGGGUAUUGAGUUCCCUCAGUUACGGAAAAUGGUCUUUGGGGAUUUACCGGAGUUCCAAAAUUUCUGGCCUAGAGCCAACAACUCCAUCACCGACUCAAAUCCUCUUUUUCAUCAAAAGGUUUCUUGUCCCAAACUGGAAGUGCUAGAACUCUGUUAUGCUGACAGCAUAAGUGUUCUAUGCUCUCACCAACUUCCAACUGCCUACUUCAACAACUUGAAAUAUUGGAAGUGAGGUGUUGUGGAAAAUUGACAAACUUGAUGUCUCCUUUAGUUGCCAGAGGUCUUCUGAAUAUCCGAAAACUAAAGAUAGAAGAUUGUCCAGUAAUGGAAGAAGUGAUCACAGAAGACGAACGCCAAGGGAAAGAAAUCAUGACUAAUGAGCCCUUGUUAUUUCCCAGAUUGGAAGAGUUGUACCUUGAGGAUCUACCAAAGUUGGGGCAUUUCUUUCUGACUAAGCGUGCUCUUGAAUUUCCAUUUCUCAUACUAGUGAAGAUUCGUGAC